AUGCUUGGAUUAGCCCAUUCGGUUUUCAAAAGGCAACAGGCACUGUUGAUGAUCUUGUGUGUGUGUGUGUGUUUCACUCCUUGGGAGAUAGUUAAUUCCCCGAUAGGUAAAUGCGAUGUAAAUGUUUGUAAUAACCGACAAAGAGCACUGGACAGAUGUUUCGUCCUGUUUGGGACUCGUCAACACUGUGUACUUUUUCCUAUCUAUCUCUGCCCAAGUGUAUUGAUUUUCUCAUCAUUUUCUCGUCAUGCCCUGCCCGGAUCAGGUGAUUUUGCUGUUCUUCUGAAGACUGGAAUGCGUAUCAAAGAGGCUUUGUUCUUCAAUGUGGUUUCCUCUGUCCUCUCCCUAUUCGGCAUGCUUGUCGGGAUCGCGUUGGGCAAUGUGGAAUCGGCUAGCUAUUGGAUCUUCGCAGUGACCGCGGGCACAUUCAUCUACAUUGCAUUGGUGGAUAUGGUGCGUGGGAUGUUCCAUAACAUGAUUUCAUUGAUUUUUGUUUAUAUAAGUGUAACCUCAUCUAAAAUUCUCUUUCCUGAACACCCCAAAUUGGUAAUCGCCGGUGAGACAAACUCGUCCGCGCACGGGUUUGAAUCUCAUUUCCCAUAA